CUAUCGAUAAGCAGUUCGGUGUUCUAGUUUGUAUGUUCUAUAGUAACUUAUCGAAUGAAGCGAAAGAUAUCGAGCUUCCAGAUGUUGAACCCGUUGCUUUUAAAAACUUAUUAAAACAUAUUUAUUUAGACAAUGCCUUCAUUGGGCCAGAGAACGUUAUGACAACUUUGUACACUGCCAAGAAGUAUUCGUUACCAAAAUUAGAAAAGCAUUGUGUUGAGUUUUUAGAAUGUAACUUAUGUAGCGAGAACGCCUUUUUAUUACUAUCUCAAGCUCGAUUAUUUGAUGAAUCACAAUUAGUUUUAAAUUGUCUCGAUGUGAUUGAUAAGAAAACGCAAGAUUCGCUUGAUUCGGAAGGCUUCUUAGACAUAGAUUUUGACACUUUACUGUGUGUACUGCAAAGAGAUACGCUUAGAAUCCGAGAGAUUCGUUUGUACGAAGCCGUAAAACGUUGGGCUGACGCACAAUGUCGUAGAAAAAAUUUAGAAAUAACCAAUGAAAAUCGCAACGCAAUUUUAGGACCAUGCAUUAAUCUUCUAAGAUAUCCCUUAAUGAGUGUUGAAGAAUUCGCAUCCGGUCCGGCACAAAGUGGAUUUUUAACAGAUGCUCAAAUCGUCCAAUUAUUUUUAUACUUUACUUUAAAUCCAAAACCAGCGACGGAAUUCUCAGAAACCCCUCGAUGUUGUAUGAUGGGACGCGAAUGCGUUGCCAACAGAUUUGUUGAUGUGGAGAGCCGAUGGGGUUACAACGGAACCAGCGAUAGAAUCCGGUUUCAAGUUGAUAAAAGAAUUUUCAUUGCCGGAUUAGGUUUGUAUGGUUCCGUUCAUGGACCAUCAGAAUAUGAUGUCACCAUACAAAUUCUUCAUACGCAUACCGCUAAAGUAGUUGGAUUUAAUAAAACUAAAUUCAAUUCGGAUGGAUCUAGUCGCACAUUUCGAGUCAUGUUCAAAGAACCAGUUGAGAUUAUGCCUAAUACUAGUUAUAUCGCGAUAGCUACGUUGAAAGGAAAUGAUUCUUAUUAUGGCACAAAAGGAUUAAGAAAAGUGAUGUUACAAUGUAGUAAAGGUGAAAGAGUUAUUUUUCAAUUUUCCUAUGCCGCGGGAAAUAAUAAUGGUUCAUCUGUUGAAGAUGGACAAAUUCCAGAGUUUAUUUUUUAUACAUAAAUUGUGAUGGUAAAUUUAUGUCGUAUUAUUUUAACCAUAUCGCUGGAUGUUUUGGUAUCAAACUACACUUGCAUGAAUCAAAAGUAUUUAUAUUUAAUAGCAAUAUAUUUAAGGUUAUUGUAUUACAAUAGUUUUCCUCUAAAUCAUGGGAUGUAAAAAAAGCAAUAAUUUUUGUUUAUACAGUUUUAUUUUAUAAAGUUCUACAAGGCACACA